UCUCUCUCUCUCUCUCUCUCUCUCUCUCUCUCCCCACCACCGCCAGUUUUUUCCAAAACCCACCAAUACACUAACACUCUCUCUCUCUCUCUGUGAGUAGAUGGCGACGAUGAUGAUGAUGGAGAGCUACGGCGGAGAGAGGGUGGUGGAGACGGCGGAGGGGAAGGCGGUUCCGGCGCCGUUUCUGACGAAGACGUAUCAGCUUGUGGACGAUCCCACGACGGAUCACAUCGUCUCUUGGGGAGACGACGACUCCACCUUCGUCGUUUGGCGCCCUCCUGAAUUCGCCAGGGAUCUCCUCCCUAAUUACUUCAAGCACAACAACUUCUCCAGCUUCGUCCGUCAACUCAACACCUACGGUUUCAGAAAAAUCGUUCCGGACAGAUGGGAAUUUGCAAACGAGUUCUUCAAGAGAGGAGAAAAGCAUUUACUCUGCGAAAUCCACCGGAGAAAAACCGCUCAGCCGCCGCCGCCGCAGCAGCAACCGCCCUUCCCUCACCACCACCACCACCAUCCUCCUCCUCCGCCGCUCCAGUUUUCCGGACCCACCUUCUUCCCCUUCCCGCCACGUGCCGCCGAUGACGUGGACCUCGUCGGAGCUUACUGGUGUGACUCUCCGCCGCAGCCGCGACAACCGACCGUCCACCACCACAUCUCCGGCGGAGGAGACAAUGCCGCCGCCGCCGCCGCAUACGACCGCCAAGUCACGGCCUUGACCGAAGACAACGAGAGAUUGCGGCGGAGCAACAGCGUGCUCAUGUCGGAACUCGCUCACAUGAAGAAGCUCUAUAACGACAUAAUCUACUUCGUUCAAAACCACGUGAAACCAGUCUCGCCGAGCAAUUCGUUUCCUUCCUCUCUUCUUCUUGAUCAUCAUAAUCUGAAUCCCGCGCAGAAGCCAUUAUCGAACCAGCCGGACUUAGGGAGAAGCGGACCAAAUUUUGGUUCGAACAUGUCUGGUCCGGCGGACCGGAAUCUUGGUCCGCCGGACCAACUAGGGUUGGUCGUGAGACUUUGGGCUCUGAUACCAAAUAGAGAAGAAUUCUCCUAUUGA